AUGACUAAUUCAUUCUUUGUCAGCCACCAUGGAGAUGAUCUCAAUUAUUGUGGUAACUGGACUAUGCCAUGUCGCACUGUGCGACAUGCAGUGAAGAUGAUCAAUGACGGAGAUGAAAUUUAUAUUGAUUAUGCGCAAGGAAAACCGUAUAUGGAAUGUGAAAAUCCCAGGCAAUCAACAUACUCCCAGUCCAUCGAGUUGACAAAAUCUGUUUCAUUUUAUGGUAUCAAUGGAAAAGCUAAGAUUCGAUGCACGAAAUGGAAAGUUCUUUUUAAGAUAACGAGCGUAAGUUUUAAUAUAACGCGAGUCAAAUUCUGCAAUUUGGUUAUAUCAAAUUCGAAUAGUGCAGUUCGGCUUGACGUAGGAACCAGGUCGGAAUUAGUAUUUCAGAAUAUGCUCGUCACAAAUAACCAAAUUGGUUUGUACAGCAAAUUUUCCGCUCAUUGCUCCAUUCUGAUAACCAACUCAAGUUUUGAACAUAAUUUUCCUGGGGGAAUACGUCUGAAGUGUUUUAAUGUCACUGCGCACAUUAUAUCAAGUACCUUCAAAUUAACUUCUGUGUUGUUCGCGAACAUUGGUGACAAAUCACCACGCUGGCAGAAUAUGAGGAUCUGGGUUCGAAGUACGGUUGUGGACGGUGAAAAUACUCAACGGUGUGCCGAAAUGUUUACGAUACAGCCGUUAGCCGCCACACUCAAUAUCACAAUAACUGACUCGCAGUUUAAAAAUCAGCUUGCAAAUUGCAGAUCCAGAGAUCGUAUUUCUACAUUACACAUAUACGGCCAUAAUUCAAUUAUCCAAAUGAAUUUAAAUAUAUUUUUGAGCAAUCUGUUGAUCGAGAAUAACUACAACAACUGGGCUACAUUUACAUUAGCUCCAGGUUAUCAGGAUUCCACUGAAAUGGAAGUUGUGAUACGAGACACUGUAUUUAGGAAUAAUUCGGCAGCACUUUUGAUUGAUUGAUUGAUUUUAAUAAUUACCACAUUGUAAAUUAAUAAAAAUUUAAAAAACGUGAUAUUACAUAGAUAGUAUUAAAAUUUUUAAAUUUGCAAAAAGUUCAAUUUAAAACUACUAUAAUAUAAACUAUAUUAAUGAUAUGUACUAUAAAAUAUUUUGUUAUGUCUAUGGUCAGUCCCAGUUUCUAACACACUUUGGGAUAAAACUGUUCUUAUAUCGUUCAGUUUUGCACUUAUACAUAGGAUAAGUGCGUUUAUUUCUUAGACUGAAUUUGUGAGAUAUAGCACUGGGAAGUAGCGUUCUCAACUUAUCGUCUGAGUGUUGAUGGAUAUUCUUAUAGAAAGACAAGCACUGAUUCUCUCUUCGCUGGUAAAGUGUAAGAAGGCCAGUGUUUCUUAGUGAGGUAGUAUAGGAGGACUGGGGGAAAGCGAUUUUCAAUGCACGUUUUUGUAUACUCUCGAUUUGAUCAGCGAGGAAUUGAGGGAGAAAAAAAUGCCAUACAGGUGAGGCGUAUUCCAAAACUGGACGAAUAAAUGCACAAAAGACCGUUAUUAAAUCAUUGGCUGGGGCACCAGAUCGUUUGAGGAUCCUUAGAGCAUAAAGACGUUUACUUGCUUUGGUGCAGAUGUAAUCAAUGUGCGCAUUCCAGGUAAGAUCCGAUGAUAUUAUCACUCCCAGAAGUUUAAAGGUCUGGACGAUUUCUAUGUUUAAACCAGAUGAAGAGAGGGCAUCGAAUACCAUAGGGACUCUAAGAAAGGAUAUACGCAGUUCUUUGGUUUUACCCUUACCAUAAUGGCUGGUCUCGAGACAAUCGUGCUACAAUAUAUUUUGACAAUAAUACCUUCAUUGAUAAUAUUUAUAAACCGCUAAGACCUGAUGGUGCAGCAGCGAUUUACUUCGAGAAUGGUAAUAGCAGGGUAUCGUCGUGUCGCUUCCUCGACAAUAAAGCCGGUAGAAAUCUUUAUACGGGUGUAGUCACAAUUUCUAAAACGGCGAGUGUUACAUUUUUUAAUUCUCAUUUUGAAAACCGACAGACAAAAGUACAAUCCAACCAGCUAUUUGCAUCAGGAGACCGACGCGUUCAAUUCAUUGGCUAUAAUACGUUUAAUUUAGUUGCUUUGAAAGAAGGCCAAUCAGUUUUUAUUCGUAUACCGAGCGCGAUUAACGCUGGAGUGAUUAUUAAGAAGAACUUUAAGAUCUUCUGUCCAAAAGGCUACACGAUAAAUCCACAGCGAUCGUGCGCAGGUAUCAAAAAUGGAAUCACGUGUUACUAUAUUAAUGUCCGAUGCGAGCAGUGUCCAACGAAAACCUACACACUCCAAAGAGGCGAGCUGAUUUUUAACACGAGUAAUAACAUCCAAUGUCAGCAAUGCCCUCGAGGAGGGGACUGUGCUAGUGGACUGGUCACAGCCAAACCUACUUUUUGGGGUUACAAAAGUAAGAUGAAAGUUCGCUUUGUUCAUUGCCCACCAGGAUACUGCUGCGAGUCCGAGGACUGCGCCACCUAUGAUAGUUGCCAUGGAAACAGAUCUGGGACAAUUUGCGGUCAAUGUCCUGAAGGAAUGUCGGAAAGUUUGUUCUCGACUUUAUGUAUACCAAACACAAAAUGCUCCUUAAAUUACUUCUUUAUCUUUGGAAUAAUUGCAUUGUUUAUUCUUUAUCUUCUCUUCUUUCUUUACCAGAAAGAAAUUCUGAGCUUUCUUCGAACAAGUCUAUUUAGUAAGCGCUUAUCGUCCUCAAUUAGUAGAAGAACUGAGCGAGGAAACACCGGUGCUAAUACAUCUUCAUCCAGCGGCAUGAUUAAGAUAUUCUUCUAUUACUAUCAAGUUUGUAAUUUGCUAAGAAGUUCUGUAGGUUCUUCUAAAAGGGGUGAGUUUCUUCACAAUUUUGAGGAUGCUAUCUCUAGGGUAAUGAAUAUGGUUGUAAUAAAUCUUCCAUCUUUUAAUUGUCCUUUGAAAAACCUUCGCCCUGUUCCUAAGAUAGUCAUACUACAUUCCGUAGGAUAUUGCCUUCUUGGACUACUCUUUCUUCUCCAUCUGUUAAACAAGUUGUUUGUGAUGUCUAGAAGAUUAAAGCGAGGUAGCGAUAGAGGAACAUCGUUGGAAUAUAUUGCUGCAAAUUCUAAUCAAACAAGUAGUGGUUCAAAAUCGUCAUUUUCCAAGCGACUGCUUUCCGCUUUCACAUACAUUUCCUUAUUAAUGUAUGCUUCCUCAGCUCAACUCUGCCUCUCCUUGCUUCAUUGUGUACCAGUUGGUGAAGAUCAAGUUGUAUUUCUCGAUGGUAACAUAAAAUGUUACCAAACAUUUCAAUAUUUUCUUCUAGCUUACGUGAUUUCUUCCAUACUCCCAUUCUGUUUAGUUCCUGUUCUCGGCUCGUAUCUUUUAAAGUUUGGUCGAAUUGGUGUUAAACAAUUUUGUGUGGCUUGCAUCUUCCCUCUGCCAUUUUGCUGUUUUUGGAUGUUCUUGUUGCUUAAGAAUCCUCUUUCUGGAAAUCAGGCACCAAUACCACAAAAUAAUAAUGUAGAAACAGACGAACCACGUAAUAACGAUACAGAAAGUCUUAGCGGUGAAGAUAUUACCUUUGCCUGCACUGAUAGCAGUGAGGCGACCUCUAAGGGAAGUGAAUCAGCCAUUCUUGGUGUUUUAUUGGGCCCAUUUAGACCUCACCAAGCUUUUGUAUGUUUUCCUGCUUCACGUAUUCCUUGGGAAGGUUUUUUUAUAUUCCGUAGAUUGGUCUUGAUUAUUGUGUUGACUUUCGUCUACGACAUUCAGCUCAGAUUGUUUCUAGCCUUAACAUUGUGUGUUGCCAUUCUAAUCUUCCACAUGUUUGUGAAUCCUUUUCAGAGAAAAUGUGACAACAUCCUGGAAUCUUUUUCUCUUGGUGCACACGUAGUUUUGUGUUGUUUAACUUUACUAAGAGCUUUGUAUUAUGGUCAAGAUUAUUCUUUUUCAAAAAGUCUGCCUCUAUUGGAUGUGAUUGAAAAGAUUCUCAUAGUCGCUCCAUUGUCAGUCAUUGUCAUUGUGGUUAUUGUUUGCAUUGUGGUGAAGUUGGCAUUUGGUUUGAUGUUCUGUGUAUCGGUAUUCAUUCGAAAUGUGAGGAGGCUUGUAAGGUUUUCUGUGUAGUAUACUUGAUGUAAAUAAUGUGAAAUAUACAUUUCAUAUGAAUAAUAUGAAAUCUGAAUGUGAAAUGAGCUGAGGUCCUGCAGAUAAACAAUUGAUAUAAACGAGACACACAGAGGAGGGGAGUGGACUUUUAUUUAAAGGAAAAUGCAGAAAAAAAUUAUGUUUGCCUAAUUUGAAAGAAUGUUGGGAUUAGUUGCAAAUCCUUUUCACAAAUUCUCCCAAACAAUCUUAGUUUUUGAGAUAAUUGAAACAAAAAUAUGCC